GUUGAUCGCCACAAAAUCAGCUGUUAUCCUAUCUCGAAUCUUUUAAUUUCUCUUUUUUUGGUGGGAAAAAUGUUUCGUUAUUAUUAUCGUAUUAUUACUAUUUAAAUGAUAUUAAAUAUCAAAUCUGUAACAAGAUAUCAAAUAUAGAAAAAAAAAUGGAUAAUGAUUUUGAUAUCUAUGAGGAUUUGUCCAAUUACGAUAUUAAGGAUGAUGAGAAUCCUUCUAAAAAUAAUGAAGCUCUUUCAAAUGAAUGCGAGGAAUUAAAGAAAGAAGUUAACGAGCUUAAGGAAAAAUUAGAAAAUCUUCAAAAGGUUAAUGAAACCUUAGAGGUUAACUUAUCUUCUUUACUUAAAACAGCCAAGGCCGAAAUUACGCGAAAAGACAAGAUGAUAGAUGAACUUAGAAAGCAGGUAGACAAUAUGUCAUUUAGACGUGGCCACUUCAAUAGAAACGUAAAAGAUAUUAAUGACAAAUCAAUGCAGCAGUUGCCUGUACAAAAUCUGCAUGAAUAUAGUCAUGUACAACAAUAUGCUGAGAGUGAAAGAACUUCGGUGUCUAAUUUACAAAAUUUAAAUUCAAAUAAUGAUAAAUAUAAUUCAGUUGCUAGUAGUUCUUCUGAUAUGAAUUUUCAAAACUCUAGUACUGUUAAUUGUAAUCACCCUGAUGAAGAUCAAGUUGUGUCAGAUUAUGAAAGUUAUAGUGAUCAAUUUUGCAAUACAAGAUAUCAAUCUAAAAAGUUACAAGUACCUUAUAUGGGUAGUACUACUGUUUUUACUGAACGUUUGCGUAAAAGGAUAAUGGAAGAAGAAGCAGAACAGAAACGGAAGUUAUUGGAAGAAGAGGAUAAGACAAAUUUAUUAUCAGAAGAUAAACACGAAAAAAAUAUCAAAAUUAAUAUGGAUGACAAAGAAAAUCAUUCAUACUGUAGUAUAUUAAAUUUAAAUGUGGAUGAUACGAGUUUGAAGAGUAAAGAAACUGUAUGUGAUUUUAUUGAUAAUACUAAUAUUCCAAAACACAAUGAUGUUUCUAUGACAAAUCAACAAAGAUCAGCUUUAAAUAUUAAAGUUUCUGAGAAAAGGUUGGAUAAUGUUGAUACACAUUUUAGCAAACGACGAAAAUUAGAUAUAGAACAAAAUUUGUGUCCAGAUAAAAAUAGUCUUCCUGUAGAAGAUGCAUUUAAUGAAUAUGAUCAUGGUAUUAUAUCUAGUACAAAAACAGACAAAUUAAAUUGUGAAGAAAAUAGUAAUUCUUAUAUUGAAAGGAAUGCUUGGAAUGAUAACAAAUAUGAUAAAGGUACAAGAUCAAAUAGUACCUCGUACAGAAGAAAGGAAAAGGAAUAUUAUAAAAAAUUCAACAAUGAUUACAAUAAUUAUUCCAAAGAAAGUAUUCUAUAUUAUGAAAAAAAUAGAUAUAAUCAUACACGGAGUAGGUCCCCUAUUCCAAAAUAUUUUGAUAGAAAGCAUAAAUAUCACGAUGAUCGAUACAGAAAUUACAGAGAUAGAUUUGACAGAAGACGAAAUUCUCAAGAUAAAGAGGAAGAUACUUUAAUAUCUUCCGAUAGAAGAUCCUAUGAUUUACGCAAUAAAGAUAAAAAUAGAUCUACUGAAAAGUAUGGUACUACAGAUUUUAAUUUAUCAAUAAAUAAAGGGAGCAAAUAUUCAAUUUCACAUGUCUCUAGAUCUGUAUCACAUGAAAGAAGUAGGAGUAGAGAAAGAACAAAUCAUAAAAUUUAUGAUAGGAGAUAUUUAAAAUCUACAAGGCAUGAUAAGAAUUCGGAAGAACGUGAAAAUAUUUUUUCGAAAAAGAAAAGUGAAAUAAACGAAUCGAAAGGUAUAAUAUCUCUGUCAAAAAAAAAAAUUGAUAUUUCAAACAAAUCAAUUAAAACAAAUACUAUCGAUGAAAUUUUAGAGGAUGGCGAAAUUGUAUCUCCCAUUAAAUCUAAUCUAAAUAAUGAAACAAAAGAAAUAAAAGAUAUUUCUAAUGUAGAAAUUCAUAAAGAUUCUCUUGAUCAAUUUGAAAAUGGAUCAAAAUUUUCUGACGAAGUGGAUACGCGUAUAUGUUUAAAGAAAACAAAUAGUAAAAAUAUAGAAUAUAAAAAAAAAAAAAUUGAUCAAGUUGAAAAAGACAAAGAUAUUAUUGUAGCUAUAACAACUACUUCAGAAGAAAAAUAUAUUCCUUUGAUUGAAAAUAAACAGGAUUGUAUGGUAACAUCUACAAACAAUAUUAUACCACUUUUAAUAUGUAUUGACAAUGAUAUUGAUAAAAAUGAUAUUAUCAAUGAAGAAAAGUGUGAUAAAGAAAUUGUACAAUUAGAGAAGGCUUCUAAAGAAGCCGAUAGCACUUGCGAUAUGCAAAAUUUUCCUGAGGAUAUAUCAAGAACCAUUAAAGAAAUUUCUGUUGAAACAAUUAGACAAGAAAGUAAUAUUAUUUGUAAAUAUAAUGAUGAAAUAGAAGAAGAAAGUAUUUCUAAUACUUCCAAUGUAGAUAUAGUUAAAGAUAAUGUUUUUUUUAUUGAGAAACACAAAACAGAAAAUGAUAUAUCAAAAGAUAAAUAUAAUAUGUCAGAUAACAACUAUGAUAAUCAAGUUCCUAUAUUAAAUGAUCAACAGGAGCCAUUAGUAAAAGUUCAUCAAGAAGUUGCAGCUAUGACGCAAGAUCUCCAAGGAAAUGAAGAAGAUAAUAGUGAAAAUGAGAUUGUUAAGAUUAAAGCAUCGAAAAAUAAUAAAAAAGAAGGGUCAGAGUCCGAAAAUUCUAAAGUCAUUAUUUUUGCUCGGCGUAGAAAGCAUGUACAAUUAACUGAUAAUAAUGCAUCUAUGACUGUUGUAAUAAAUCCUAAUAAUAUUAAUUCAGAUGUUAAUGUAAAGAAUAGCGUUGAAAGUAAUUUGAAACUACGUGCAUGUAAAGUAUCUCGUUCUUAUAAAGAUGUCUUGUAAGUAUAAUAAAAUACAAAACAUUAUAUUAUAA